AUGGAAGAUGUCUUUUCUGAAGCCCAGGUCCGCAGCUGGUCAGAAGUGCGUAUAAAGACCUGGGAGAAUAGAAGGACUAAUACAGAAGGAUUCUAUUAUCGAUUUGUGGACCCGACGGAAGGACAGCAAAAUGGACCAUGGAGUUCUAAAUCGAUAAGAGAGUUUAUGGCUCGAUUGGAAGAAUGGAAAGCACGUGGGAUCCGCAUUGGAACAUCCUGGGGCGUUUUCAGCAUGUCUGUCAGCCACAAAGCAGGAUAUCAAUGCAGUUCAUAUUAUCGUAAACUUUUAGAAACUAAGAAAUUGACUGAUCCUGCGUAUGCCUGGGAAGGAGGCAAGCUUGUUAUGAUCAGUAAAGGAAGCGGAGGAGAAAUGGCUAUCAGCGGACUGAGCGAACGCUGGAACACGGAUGAAGUCAAAGAAAUUGAGGCGAACGUUAACCGGUGGAUCAAGGAGUACCAUAGCAACGUUGGGUGA